CUUUCAAAUAGCGCAAGGUUUAACGUUCGCGUGAAAUGGAGGCGACAAAUGAUCUGAGGUCACCUUAUGACAAAGCAAAUAGUUUCUCCAAAAUGUUUUUUGUUUUGCUCAACCCUUUAUUCGCACACUCACAUCCAAAAACUUUAACAAGUGACGAUGUUUAUGUGUGCCCUGAAAGUGAAAAAGCAGAUUGGAAUACCGAAAAAUUAGCACGGUAGGACUCAUUUGAGCCGGUGGGAAAUAGAUGAUUUUAACAGAGAGUGGGAUUUGGAGAACAAAAAGAGAAAUCCGAAACUGUUAUUGUCGGUGUUUAAGGCAUUUAAGAAAGAGUUAUUUAUUUCAGUUUGCAUCAAUCCUCUUUUAGCUAGCUUGUAAUAUUUCCAAAUCAAUAAUUCUGCGGCAAGUUUUGCUGGGGUUUAAUGAUAUCGAAGACCGUCAGAAUAUGAUCAGAGCAAUUAUCUUUAGCUUCGCAUUUAUUUUGAACACCAUUGUAACGAUUAUAGUUGUAAAUAUUAGCUACUGGAUUUUAUACCGUCUAGGUACACGUGUGCGAAUCGCAGCGUUUGGUUUGAUUUUCAAAAAGGUACUUCAGCUUAACCAGAAAGCACUGGGAUGUUCAACAACUGGUCAGAUAAUCAAUUUGUUGUCUGUAGAUGCUCAGUGUUUUGAUAACACAUUUUUAUUCGUACAUUAUUUAUGGAUUGGACCAGUUGAGACGCUCAUAACUUUUGGCUUAAUGAGCCAAAUAACUCUUGUCCCAAGUUUAAUUACGGUGGGAGUUAUUCUCAUGUUUAUUCCUGUUCAGUUUGCUUUUAAUCGGGCAUAUGGAAAGUCAAGAUUCAAAGCUGCUGAUGUAACUGAUCAACGUAUUCGCAUUCUUUUAGACAUUAUAGCAGGUAUACGUGUUAUAAAAUUCCAUGUAUGGGAAAAUGUAUUUACGAAAUUAGUUCAUAGUUUGAGGAGUAAAGAAAUUAAACUUUUUAUGAAUGGUCGGUGUUUUCAAGCAUUCCGGCUGAGUCAACUAAUUUAUCAAAUAAAAUUUACAGUGAUGGUUCUAGUAGUGGGUAUUUUACUCUUGCAUAAAGAAGCAGAUGAUCCAGAAGCUCUCAAAAGUUAUCAGCUGUUUACUUUGAUGAAUUUAUUCACAUCGCUUUUUAUUUCAGUGAUAUUAUCCAUGCCACAAGCAAUCGAACAAAUAAAUAUAGCGCAUAUUGUUGACAAGCGUAUAUCUCGAUUCCUUUUGUUGCCUGAAGUAGGAAAUGAUCAUUACCCUGAAGUAAAUAAUUCAAAUGAACAAGUUGUAGAGCUGACAAAUGUCUGUUCACAAUGGCAAAAUUCUUCUCUCUUACAAACUAUUUUGGGAGAGCUGCCAUUCUCUAGUGGAAACAUUUACAGGUCACCUAGUGUAGCUUAUCUUCCACAAGCCGCCUGGAUAUUCCCUGGAACAAUACGUCAAAACAUCCUUUGUAAUCUUCCUUUUGAGUCUGACCGGUAUGCAUUUGUACUGAAGGCAACUAGUUUAGAUGUCGACUUGUUGAGAUUUCCCGAAGGAGACAAAACAUAUGUUGGAGAACGAGGUUCUGGUUUAAGUGGUGGUCAGAAGGCGCUCAUAGCUUUGGCACGGACAGCAUAUUCUCGUCAGGAAGUCUUACUUUUAGAUGACCCGCUCGCGGCGGUUGAUGCUCGUGUAUCAAAUCACCUGUUUCAGAAAUGCAUAUGCGGUUUUUUGUCAGAUAGACUUCGUUUUCGUGUUACUCAUCAACACCAGCUUCUACCUUAUAUGGACAGAAUCCUAAUUCUGAAAGAGGGAGAAAUUACAUUUUUUGGGACGUAUUCAGAGCUGCAAACAAUGAAGUUACAAGCAGAUGGUUCUUUUUGUAAUUCUUUUGAUCAUUCAAACGAUUAUGGGAUAUUCCGACUCUCAGACGGUGACAACAAUGAAAAGGAAACCAACAUUAUAUUUAAUGGACUCCGUAGACAAUUAUCAGAGACUUUUGCGAGUUUUAGAUCUGACAAGCGGAGCAGUUAUUAUUCGACUUUACAGUCCCCAAGACAGUUGGAAGACUUGGUAACAGAUGGAAUGAUAUUUUCAUCGUUUUCUUUAGUUCGUGAACAUUGUAUAGAUGAUUAUUCAUUUGUAAAUGAAAAAUCCGUCCAAGGGUCUUUGAUAUUGCCUAGUGAGAAGAAUAGUAGUAUCAGAACAAUAACUACCACAGGGUCUUACGAAUCUAUACAAACAAUCAAGUCAAGCGUGUUUGAUAUUUAUGUUGUUGGUGAAGCAGAACGAAAUAACAAAACAAUUGAUAAUGGGAAUAUUCCAGAACAUCAUCUAAGUAAAGAACCUAUUCCAGGUGAAAAUCUUAGACAUGGAAAGGUUGGAUGGAAAUAUUACUUAGUUUUUGGUCGAAUAACUGGAAGUUUUCGCUACUUGAUAAUUACUCUUUUGAUGUUUGUUUUUACAACUGUUGUUUAUGCAACAUUCGAUUUAUGGAUAGCAAGAUGGAUUCGUAUUGUGGAUAAUCGUAACGAAACGAACAGCCCACUUGCUAAUGACUCAUCACAUGUUAUAGGAACGUGGAACUGGGAUGAUAAUUAUGUAAAUAUGUACAUAAUUAUAAUCCUUACCAUACUGCUAGUGUUUUUUAGUACAGCACGUACGCUGCUAUUUUUCAAACAAAUGACUUGUGUUGCGGAACGUUUGCACGAAUUAAUGGUCAAAGCCUGUCUUUCAACUAGAAUACUGUUUUUCGAAUCAAAUUUAUCAGGUAAAAUAUUAAACAGAUUUUCCAAAGACAUUGGAAUUAUAGAUGAUCUGCUGCCAACAAACACAUUCGAGUUUUUACAAGUAAGAUGGAACCAGUGAUUUAAAAUUGUAUUUAAUUGUCAUUUCCUGUGGUUUCAUGUACUUUUUCAAAGUCAUUCAACGUUCUGUAACUGAUUUAUUGGAGCCUAUUAUUAAUGUGGGUAUAUGUCAUUCAUAAUAAAAAUAUCUUACAACUAAACUUGUAUUUGAUGUCAUCAUCCAUGCUUUUGAAGACAAUUCAUAAACUUGUUGAAUGUCCAAGCUAAGCAAAUAAAUUGCAGAUAUGCGCCGAAAAUAUUUGAACUAUGAAGUUGUUAUGAAAGCAAUCUACCUUUGUCAUAAUGGCAAACAGAUGAAUACUUAUAUUAGGAAAUAAACUUAUUUUGAACCAUUAUACGAAACUACUAAUUCAAAUGCGUUUAGGCUCACUGAAUUUUCUUACACAGGACAGUCUUAUUCUUUGCUAUUUGUUUAAAAGAUUCAUGUUGGAUUACCAGAUACGAAGAGGAUAUCGCAUUGGUUGUCCGAAUGGGCUAAGUGAGGUUAUUCGAAUGACCACUCCAGGGUUCGGACGCAACAUGCAUUGAUGGGAUGAGGUUAUAGUGAUUUAUACAGUGAGGAACCUGUAAAGGGAACUGGACUUAUAAUGCUCUUGGCAACUGGAGAGCAUAAACUCCGUACCAAAAGAUAGCUCCUUGAAAUCAGUUAUGCAUGAAACUUUUUGGUGUUGUUUUAAAAGUCUUAGCUCCAGAGUCUCAAUACCUCACUGAUGGUGAAAUAAAUCUGUGGGACGAAGUGAAAUGUACUACUCCUAUGACAAACCCUUCCAAACUCAUUCCAUUAUGGGAAAACAGGAUCACUAGGGGUGCUGGUUAUCUGAACGAAACACUUUACUACCCCUGCACAACUCAAAGUACCACCUCGCCCUUGGGUUGUUGAUCUUCUGCUUUCAGUCACUCUUCUCUUCUUGCCAGUGAUGAUUGAACCCGAAUAAAUGAGCGUUCCAGACAAUAGAAUUCCACUGGGUCAUCACGAUAUAUGACCCAAAUAAUCACGUAAAGAUGUUAGCUGAAAAUUAGCGAAAUCUUCAAUAUUCAAAUAUAGUAAUCAGUGUUAUAAAGUUAUUCAUUCGGUAGAAUGUACCAUAAGUUCUGUAUUGACCCUGAGAAGUUGAGUCUAUUUACAACUGUUAAUCCGUAAUUCACGGAAGACUGCCACAACUAGUUUUAUAAGUAUUGUUUUCUUAAUGCUCAUAUCUCUAGUUUUGUUACUCUUCCCACUAUACAGUAGAUCUUCAUAAUCAGUCCACAGUUCGAGAGAAUUUUUUAGCUGUCACUUCAGAUCUUUUUAAAUUACGUUUAAUAUGUAGUCGGUUUUCUCAUAAUCAUGUGAAUUAUCUUAUGUGUUGUUUCAGGAUGCCUGUGAGUAGAAGAAAAACCUACUGUAUUCACAGAAGUUUAAUAAAUACUAUUUACACUAUACAUCAUUUUAUUCCAAGUGACAUUUAGUUAACUACAGAAUGUAUCAUAUUAUCCCUGACAUGUUUUAGGAAAUUAGUUGCUCAUUGAAAUUAUUAUGAAGAUGAGUUUUCUUUGUUAACAAAAAUGUAUUUUUUUAUUUUACUAGUGUUUAUCCCUUGUAGUGACUUUUUGUGCUGUUACAGUGAUUUCUAGUUACUGGGCAAUUUUCCCAGCUAUAAUUCUUUCUAUUUUGUUUUGGGUAAUUCGUGGAAGAUAUAUGUGUUUAUCCAGAGAGUUGAGGAGACUUGAAGCAAUUGCACGUACUCCAGUACUUUCUUGGAUAAAUAUUACUUUACAAGGUUUACCGUGUAUAAGAGCCUCUGGAGAUCAAUCAUUCCAUUUAAAUAAAUUUUAUGAUGUAGUAAACAGCCAUACGGAUGUCUUCUAUAUGAAUUUAGCUGCAGCACUUUGGUUUGGUAUACGUUUGGAUCUUUCAUGUGUAAUAUUUAUUACUUGUGUUUCGGCUAUAUGCUUAAUAUUAGGAAUAUAUUCAGGAGCUAAUGUAGGUUUGAUGUUCACUUAUUCCAGUAGCUUGAUAGGAUUGUUCCAGUGGUGUGUACGACAGAGUACUGAAGUUGAAAAUCAAAUGGUAUCUGUAGAACGUGCUAUUGAAUAUGUAGAACUGGAACCGGAAACAACUGACGCACAAGAAACACUACAGCCAGAUUCUGAUUGGCCAUCACGAGGCCAUAUUCAAUUUAAAGACUUUGGUCUGCGUUAUGCUUCAUCCGAUACAUGGGCGUUGAAAAAUAUAAAUUUGGACAUAAGACCUGGAUGUAAGGUGGGUAUAGUGGGACGAACUGGUGCUGGAAAAAGUUCCAUAAUUUCUGCUCUAUUUCGACUUGUUGAAGGCGAGCAAGGAUGUAUACUAAUAGAUGGAGUGGAUAUCAAACGUUUACAACUGGAUUACCUGCGAAAAAGGAUAGCAGUAAUUUCUCAAGUAAGGGAAUAAUACUAAAAGUAAAUAAUUGCUUUAUGUAGAGGAAGUUUUCAGUUAGUUUUAUUAGACCAAUUCCCAAUAAGAACAUCAACACCCCAAUCUUGUUUCCACCAUGUUCUGUGUUCCAUCACACUGAAAUGUUUAGAUUACAGAUUUUGAUUCUUCUAGUUGCCAUUUCACUUAUGAGUCAUUAAAUUGGACUUUGAUGAGUAGAAUAUGAAGUAUUUCCGAACCAUAUACCUUAUUUAAAUUACUUUCCUCUGUCAGUAUCGGAAGUCAUGACUUGUAAAACAAGAAAGAAACCAUAUUGUUAUAAAUAUGGUAUAAAUAUGGAAGAUUAGUUAGGCGAGGUCAUUGAAUUCAGAAAUGAUGUCCAAUAAAGCAAGAAUUUAAAAAAACUGCGCAAAAUAUUAUUCGAACUUGAUAGAUCACGACAUAAUCGAAGCGAACACAAAAACAUGAACUAAUUUUCCUAUCAUGGUAUCAAUAUCAAUUACUUACAGCAUGUUACAUGAUUUUUAUAAUUCAGGAGAAUGCGGAUGUAUGUCAGUACACUGAGACUGGUAGUUAGUCGGAAGGUGAAGUAAGCUAAGACGUGAAUAUUAUCGUAAGAAUGAGGUAUUCGUGUGUUUGUUAUUUCUAUUUUUCUACCGAUGGAUUUACUGUAAUAAUAAACUUGUUUUCCUAUUGGUAGAUGCCCGGAUCUUAUAAAUGGUUAAUUAGAGAAUGCUCACGCCCUCUCAACUAAAUGUUUAUGAAUCAUUAUUCGAACAAAUAACUCCCUAAGCCUGUGAUUAAAUCCAGCUUAAUCGACAUUCAGAAGGACGUUAUAGAAAAAGCACGGGAGUAUUAUUAACAUCUGUUUCCGUGAUCUCGGGUAACUCUUUUGUGACAUAUAGAGAAUUAAAUCUCUGCUAAUACCAUAAGUCCACCCAUAUGUAUGAGAUAUGUUGCUGAUUCAUUUAUAAUAAUGAAGUCAAUGAACCUGAGAGCCUCAUUCAAACUCACAAAAACAUUAUCCGUUCAUAUCAAAUUCACUUUCAAAAAUGAAAAUAACCAACCGGUUACUACAGCUAAUUCGUAUAAACAACGAAAUCCCACUUACAUCAGCACAGAAUUGUGCCAACAGAGCAGGGUUAUGUCAAUUGCGUCAAACUUUAUAUUGUGGGGUCUUCUCGUGAAAUUGUAGUGGCUUUACUUCGUUACUCAAUCACCCUUGAAACCGUUAUUACAUAAAUUUCAACGGCGUUUCAAAUCAGAAGGCAAUAACAAGCGGCAACUACAGUUUUUUCAGCCGACAGGAAAGAAGAUCACAUUGCUAUAAGCACAUUCAGCGAAUUCGAAGCAUGGAGGCCAAUAUGCAUGUACGAGCCAAUUCAUAGGCAAAUUAAUUUAUAGUCAGAUCAUAUUAGGGCACAGCAAGUCAAGGCAAAGUUCAACAAUAGGAUUUGAGCACAUAUAUACAUGGGGAGCAGGAUGAAUCAUCGAGUGAUAUUUAAGCGAUCAACAUUCUAGCAAGUGUCUGUCAUGUGAUGAUCUAGUGAUCCUAACAGAACAAAGAAAUAUGUGAAUUGUUACUGUUCAAAUAACAUUGUCUGUUAAAUAAGUUAAUAAAAGGCCUUAACCAAAAUUAACCAUAAUCGAAAUUGGUUGUAGGAUAGCUGCUAUAAUACCUUAACUCGUGAUAAAGAAUAAACAUGGUACACAAAAGAUCGGGAUAGUCUCGCUAGUGUUGGAUUUUCGAAUCGAGUGAGUAGUAGCAAAAUAUUCAAUAUUCAACAACUAUGACGCGGAUAACCUAACGUUACCAUGAUCAGAUCUGUUUUUAUGUUCUCGCUAUUUGCGCUAUUUUAAGUUGUGUCAAUUUAAAAACAGUUAAUUAUUCCGCGAAAAUGCAACUCACAACAAGCGGAAAGACGUCAGACGUCAAACGUCUUGCUGAUAAAAUGGGACCACGAUAGGUCAGGUAAAGUGAAGAAUUAGGUAAGGGUUAUUGGUGCACAGUGUUUUGAAUGAUCCUUAGUGGAAAAAUAUGCUAGAAUACAUUGCUAGCAAUUGACUUAUUCUAAAUAAAAGAAAAUAUACGUUUUAUCCUAUAGAGCGUAACGAAAAAAAUUAUUGCAAGCGUAUUUGUAAGGCCCAUAUUUUUUCUCCUAACUGGUUGGCUGAAUAUGAAGCUCGGAGGCUUCACAAAUCAGAUUAAUACACACUUCCAUAAAUGGUUCUGGUGUGAAGAAUUUAGUCAGAUAUAGGUUAGUUUAUAUGUUCAUUUGAAAACCACGUUCCUUAGUCUUUUAUCUCUAAUUUAUUGAUUACACUGAUUUCCGUUGUUUGUUUAAAAUGUCCAUGACUUCUUAAAGAAGCUUCCUAACUCUGCUAGCUGAUUUAGUCAGUCUUUUUCAAAAGAGAUUAAUACUUACCCGUCAUAAAAACAUACAACUUUGCUAGUAAUUUUUUUUUCAUUCUUCGAAGAUUCUGACUCUGACACUUCCAAUUGUGAACUAGCUAUUUAAGUACCGAAAGGCUUGUAUCCACAAUGUGACAGUGACCCCAGUUCUAGUGGGUCUAAGUGUCUACCCAAUGUUGGUAGAGUACACUGAAGAUUUUUUUUACAGUAUUUUAGUUUUAUUCUGAGUCUACUAGUGAAAAAAUAUUUAUAGAAGAUUUUCUAGUAAAUAUUUUAACAAAUUAGGAUCCAAUCAUGUUCACUGGAACGGUUCGAAUGAACAUGGACCCUUUAGGUGAGAAAACAGAUGAAGCGAUUUGGAAGGCCUUGGAAAGUGUAAGUCUUAUUGCAAUAAGUUUAUACAGAACUGCUUAUUUUUUCUGUAAACUAUUUCACCACUUAUUUUUGGUGUUUAGUUCUGUGUCAAGUCCAUAUGAGUUAUUCUAGCUUCCGGACAGACAUUUAUGUAUUAAUCUUGCUCCGCACUUUGACCUUGUCAAUUAUUCGCUUAUAACCUUGACUAUUUUUAUAUGAGCGUAUGUGUCUCCAUCCCUCACCCUUCUCAUGACAUUUCUCUAGCUUGUUUUUAUCUGGCUAUAAAUAUUAAGUCACUCUUGAUCAAAUCGAGUUGGCAUGUUUGCCUUCUCCGCUUCGUUUCUCUAAUUAUCUGUCUAGAUCAACGAGUAUAUGAAAUGUGUGUAACCGAAAUUCAUUCUCGUAUAUGACUUAUUUCAUCCUGUUAUUCUAUAACACAAAUCAAGUCGACAAUUAUGUACGAGGGUUGGUGGCAUGUAUAUUUCGUUAGCACUAUCAUACAACUGGACCGGUGUCAGAUCAACGGGCCACAAAACACUAAUGUCUUGCAAGAUGAGAAUUAAUAUUAUCUGAAAAGUCAUAGUUGAUCAAAAUGAUAGGUUAAUGUUAUUUGAUCAUUGUCGGAUUUUACGCUUCUUAACAUUAUGAUUUGCUAGAUCUUUAAAGUAUAUCCUUCAGUUUGCAUUUUUAUGCCUACUGUAUUGUUAUGGCUUUUAACCGUGUGAUUAUUAUUUCAAGAAACAUUUGACUCCUUUUUAUCUUGGCCAAGCAUGUUUUCACGUCUUUGUCAGAUUUCGACAUCGCUUAGACCUAACAUGAUUCUUACUGUGAGUUUGUUAACAUGAUUACUUCACUGUUCUUUCUUUGUAACGUUUAAUCUUUUUAUCAGUUGGUUUAUCCUACCGAUAACAAUUCUAAUAUAUAAAAGUACUGAGUUUUCAGAUGACUUAACCACACAAAAAUGGAAUCAAAUAAACGUAUUCCACAAAGUUUAUUGUUCAUGCUGAACAAUAUCAUAUGUGAGAGAUGAAAUUUACAUAAUUCCGAUCAAUUAUUUAAAUGUUUUAUUACCCCAGUCGCAUGGUAAGAAAGUAUUUAGAUAACCGUGAACAGCUAUUAAUUUAUUGGAGACCGAUUAAUUUAAUCUGAACUGUAGUCCAGGUUAAACCAUUACAAUAUGUUUUCGUGAUGUGAUGUAUGUAGACUAGUAUUUUCCAUUAAAUGUAGUAGCAUAAGACAAUCUGAUUGGGAAUAGUGACCUUGAGUAACGACUUUAUAAAUAAAGGAAAAAUGACUUGUUAUGCUGAUUAACUGAAUGUGUUCAAAAGGAAUACGCGGAUUGAUUGGAUCGAAUUGGGCUCAAAAAUACUCUUUGACGAAUGAACAUAAGGUUGAGUUACUGACUUCAGUAGUUCUUGAAGCGUUACUACUAAUUUAAUCAGAAGCGUUUAAAAUCUCAGCCAAGGACGGAAGUCUUUCAAAAUUUCCUCAAUACUUAUCAUUGGUAUUAGAAAGCUUUGUUUUGCGUGUUUUUUCCGUUACUGAAUUCUUUUCUUCACUCUAAACAUCUGAUCUCAAACUCAUAUUUUAAUUUUUUAAUUCCUUGAUUUGCUGGCGGAAGGAGCGAUUUCCUCAUCUCUGUUUACAAAUUAUUACUAAUAUGAAGUUUAUGCUGUCCAUUCUCAAGUUUCCCGUAGGUUACAAAUUUUUUUAUAGUUCACUUAGUCGAAAAGUAUGUUUUAGUACCUCCGAACAAUACCUGAAUAGUUGAGUAAAUAAUAUCUUUAGAAGUACUGUCACCAAAACAACUCAUUUUUUUAUCUUUAUCUCCAUAAGAAUCGAGAUGUACUAGUAAGUGGAAAAAAUAACCAAAAACACAGUCACUCAUUGAAUUUCUGUUGAACUGUUUCCUUUGAGUAAAUCUGAAGCCUUCUUCACAACACAUAAUGCUUAAAACCGAAAGAAAACGCAUACCAAUAACUAUAUAAAACAAACAGAUCACAACGUCUUUUAAGAAAACAAUACUGAGUUAAGGUCUGGAUUAAACAGUUCUUGAAAUUCAAAAAUUUGAUUUCUGAUGCUUCAUAGGUAACAAAUAUUUUGUUUAGCUAACGUCUACGAUUGUCAAUUUAUUUAUGAACCUAAUCGUCUAGAUGGUUUACCCUAUUCUCAUUGAUCCCAAUAUUUUACAUAUUCAAUGGUCCUUAACUUGGAAAAACUUACUGUCCACUUUUAUUCUAGAAGUAUUUGCCAUCAAGUUAAUACUAAUCUAACAGUGUAAAACAAAUUAUCAAAUAAAAUUGCUCCAAACAUUCAUAACACGUUCCUAUAAACUGAGAUGGAAGUCAAUUUUGGUUGUUGAGGUUUUAUAGAGAUUAUUUUAACUUGUAUGUGAUAUUUGUCAGUGGUACGGGUACGCGAACAUUGUGUAUCUUGUAUAUUCCGUAAGGUUAUAUAUUCUUAAGGAGUGCAAUACUAAGAUGAAUCAACUGUCCAGUCCUCCCUAGUACUCAACGAAUAGCCAAGUUAGAUGGCUUCGUGACGAGAAUGUACUUUUUUUCCCAUGAAAGUUGCGGUAUGGUAUUAUAUUAUGUAAAUAGUUGAACAAUAAGUCUCAUGCUUCAUUAGAUUUCAUCUUUUUAGGAAGUUGCUCCAUAUCUGUAAUCAUAUUUUAUUGCCUGCAGAUACAGCUGGACAAGACAGUUAAAAAUCUCGGUAAUGGGUUAGAUUCACUAAUCAAUGAAGGCGGUUCUAACUUAAGUAUUGGACAGAGACAAUUGUUUGCAUUAUCUCGGGCAAUUCUAAGUGGAAGCCGCAUAUUGGUGGUAGAUGAAGCAACAUCCAACGUUGAUCCCAGUACUGAUUUCAUCAUUCAGAAAACUCUCAGGAGCAUUUUCAAAGACGUUACAGUUUAAACUGUUGCACAUAGGCUACAUACUGUCAUAGAUAAUGAAAUUGUAGUGGUUAUGGAGAGUGGCGAAGUAAUAGAAUCCGGUCAACCGCAUGUGCUUCUUAAUCCCGAUCUUGCUGAGACUGAUAAAAAGAAUUACAACGUGGAUGAAAAUCACUUAUCAACUACUGAUGAUAUUCAAAUAAGUGGUAAUGGUCCACUAGCAAAAUUAGUAAAGCAAUAUGGGGAUAAUGAGUCCAGAAAUUUAGCUCAGAUAGCAAGACAAUCAUUUAUCGAGAUGCUGGGAAAUGAAGGCGCUAUUCUUUAAUUUCCUUACCUCCUUUGUAAUUGUACAAAUCAAUUUCAUAACGCUAUGUUUUACAAUGUGAUUAUUUUCCUGUGAUUUGAUAAUAAACGAGCGCAGUCUGAGACCU